AUGCAGCCAUCAGCCAGCAGCAGUGCAGCCCACUUUUGAUCACCACCAAAGGAAAAGCAUUGACCGCAAGUGGAAAAAAUCCCGCAAGUGCGAGGAAAAUUGUGCUUUUCGUGGAAAUUGUUGAAACAAAGUGCCGCCGGCAAACGUCAUCAAAAUGCUGGAUAUGGAAAACAUCGAACUGCCCAAGCUGGAAAACGAUCAAAAGUCUUACGCCGGCAUUCCGGAGGCGGUAUUUGUGGAGGAUGUUGAGGCGUUCAUGAAACAGUCCGGUAGCGAGGAAAAUGUCGAAAAGGUACUCAAAAGCCUGGAUGAACAGCACAGCAAGUAUAAGUUUAUGGAGUUCAACAUAAUUUCGCGGAAGCGCCGCCUGCGGCAGCAGAUUCCGGAUCUGGCCAAAAGCCUGGAAAUGAUUAAAAUUCUCAAGAACCAGUCGGAAGAGCAGGAAACGCGGUUUUUGCUGAGCGAGCAGGUCUUUGUCAAGACGCGAGUGCCUCCCACGAAAACUGUCUGCCUCUGGUUGGGAGCCAACGUGAUGCUCGAGUACCCGCUGGACGAAGCCGAGGAACUACUGAAGCAGAACAAACACUCGGCCGAGGUGAACCUCAAGUGCCUGGAGCACGAUCAGGACUUUCUGCGUGAUCAGAUUACCACCACGGAAGUGAACAUGGCUCGUGUCCACAAUUACGACGUGAAGAAACGACAGGCAAAGAAGGCGGCCGAGGAGAAGUAGUAACUCUGGAGCAUGCUAAGUUUUACUUGACUUUGCGGUAUGUGCUUGGUAUCUGGUUCAAUAGUACUCUGCACUCAAAAUCAUUACUAUUAAGGUUCAAUUAUUUGCGAUUUAAUAAAUAAUUGCGAAAGAUA